CAGAGGGGUUUGGCAAGAAACACAGAGAGUGAGGAGAGGAUCAGGAGAAAGAUGAGCGGAGUAGCGUCUUACAUGGCGAAGAGGGCAGUACAGAAGGAAAGGGUGCGAACCCUUUACAGACGUGCCCUUAAAGACACUCUCAAUUGGGCUGUUCAUCGUCAUCUCUUUUACCCUGAUGCUGAUGCACUUCGUGAGAGAUUUGAUGCAAACAAGCAUGUGGAUGAUAUAGAUACUAUUGAUAGAAUGAUCGCUGAUGGUGAGGCACAGUACAAUAAGUGGCGCCACCCUGAUCCCUACAUUGUUCCAUGGGCUCCAGGCGGCAGCAAAUUUACUCGCAACCCGACACCACCAACUGGGAUUGAAAUAGUAUUUGAUUAUGGUCGAGAGGAUCAAAACUGAACGUAAUCUUGACUUGAUGGCGAUAAAUAAUAAGAUUGAGAUGAUGCAUUGCUGAAGUUGGCAAAUAACUUGUCCUUUUUUUUUUGGCAGAAAAUUUCUCGUGUUUUCAUUUGAUCUCGAAUGUUGUUCUCACUCAUCGUGUAACUCGAGUAACGAUUCUUCGGUAAUCUAAUAUUUCUAAAGGUCAAGGGCUUUUGCUCUUUUAGCCCAACAAUAUUCGAUAACCCAACUUCUCUAAA